GGGAACCCGUCAUGGGCCCCCUCGCUCCCCUUGGGCGGGGUGCGAGGGGAGUGUGAGACUCUUACUCACUAAACCACCCUCCGUAUGCCAGCCCUGGUGUCAAACGUGGGACCCGGGCACGCCGCCAGCAUUCUUCCGGGCCCCACAACCACCUGGUAUGACGGCCUCAGCGCCACAGCCAGCGCUGCCCGCUUUUAGCAGGCCCGCCCCCUCCGAGGAGCGAGGCAUACCAUCGCUCCAAGGAGACCACCCACCAUAGUGGGGUGGUUUUUUGGACGGGUGAUGAGGAUCCCAACUCAAACACCCGCCCUUCCUUCCCAACGUCAUGUGCGGAGGACGCAGGGACCCUCGGAGAGGGGCCCCGCGACGAUGGAGACCCGGGCAACUGCCCCGCCGGUCCACCACCCGAGUGCCCGGGCAUAUACCCCGCCGGCACUCUGCCUCCGCCCAUGACCCGCUGUACGCGAACGCAUCCGGACGCGUCGACCUGGUUGAGCGACCCCCCGCGUCCGGGCAAGUGCCCCGCCGACACGAGGGAGGGGUUCGACUGCGGUCCCCGCAGUCUCACCCCCUAGGGUGCUUCGAUAAAGGCACCCUGUCGCCCGACCAGGUCCCCUCCCCGGGGGGCCGUUGCCCGAGACACAACGGUCACCCCCUUCCCCCGCGACGCCGCAAUCCUCCGGGACGCUCGGGUUCCCGGAGGCGUUCGGCCGCCUUCUUCUGCGAAAGCACGCUUUCGCAGAAGGAAGCGAACUCCCUCCAUGACCUCUCGCUCUCGGUGAUCGAACUCAUGACCACCGGCAGCGAGAGGUCCCGGACCUAACCUAACCUAACCUAACCUAACCUAACUAACCUGGUUAGUCUCUACACAGAUCAGUAUAUUAUGUUUUGACCACUAAUUUUAAGUAGUAAAGUUUUCAAACUUCUUUUGUUAAUAACUUUUUAAUAAACAACGAGCGACGGCUAAUACCUUCUGAAGGUCACUCAGGACAUUGACUUUGACAACAUAUGUCAGGGUCAAGCUCUUGAUUUGCGUAGACAGCUGGAAAUUCGUGCAAAAUCAUUAAACCUUUUUUUAUUAAUUUCUUCGCUAGAAGGCGUUUCCGCACAAAAUCCUUCCACCCACACCUUCCUCACCUCUACCUCUACAUAUCCUAAACAUUUCAUGAAAAUCGGAGGGGGGGGCUAUUCGGAAGUUGAGCCAAAGGAUCUUAUAACAAAAGAACACUACAGAUAUUGUAUCGCGCUUUAUCUAAUCUGUCCAACGAUUGCCUGAAUUGAUAGAUUGUAGAAAUUUCUAUAUCUGCUGCCAACAGAAAAUUAUCAAAGUCAUAGUUGAUAAUAAAAAUGCGUCUUUAUCUCGCACUGUCUAUAAAAUCUCGAAAUGUUUGUCAGACUCUUGCAGUCUUUUUAUUGUUGUUUUGAAAUAGUUCAUAUCAUUAAUCUCCUCGAUUGUGCGAUAAUCAAUGCAGUCCAACGUUUGCUAACAAUUGAUUGCAGCAACAAAUAACGUAGCAAUGAGCAAUUGAUAACAAUGAAUAAUAACGAAGAUUUUCAACGUUUUUUUUUCAACGAUUGGCAUGUUUAUUAAGAGACACGGUAUUAUAGUGUCUCGCGCCAAGUAUAGCGCAGCGCGAAACCGGACGUGUAUACAUCAUUUACGCGAGUCAAUGAGUUACGAGUAACCGAGAUUUUUGGAUGUCAAUAACGGUUGAACCGAUCAAUUUCUAAGUAGACUCAAUCGAUAGCUUGGGUUUAAAUUAUAUUAUAAAAGUGUCUUCAUUUUAUACGAUGCAAAGUACGAAAUGUGAAAAUUUCAUUUAAGAAACGUCGUUGUCGGACAAGCAUGGCAGCUGUGUCACUUUCCAUUUUUUGACACCAGGCGGCAGCGAUGCUAGACGUACAGCGAUCCGAGACGGAAAUGUGUCCGAAGGAAGUGAGGACGAAAAUCAUAGUUGCCUCUCUCUUGCGAGUUACUGUUCGAAAGUACGCAUGCGCACCAAUCAAAUCAAUCAAUCAAACGUAAGCUGCGCAUGCGUACUUUCGAGUAGUAACUCACAAGAGAGGCAACUAUAAUUUUUCUCCCUCGCUUUAUCUGGACAUGUUUUUCUUUCGAGAACAAUAGGCAUUCCUCUUUCAUAUUAUAUAUGUUCUAAGAUCACAUUAUUGCUGUCGCCCCACUGCCGCAUAAUUAAAUUACACUUGGUCGCGAUUGGUCGCGAUGACAGCGGAAGAAUAACGGCAGAAGAAAGCAAGGGUGCGUACAUACGACUCAGUCGUAUGUAGUUAGUCUUUAGUGUGACUCUGACAUCUUUAUAAAAGUUUUCUUAUGUCAGUUUUCUAAGAUUUCUUAUUGCUCUGCUUACGUGACAGUUGGAAAUCAGUAUACACAAGCGUGCACAUAAACGCACUAUACUACAAAGAUGACUUCGCCCUGCUUUGACUGGCAGACCAGCAAGGAGAAGUUUACUGAACGCGGCCAAUAUCUGUUUGAAACUGGAUUGUGGUCUGACUGUGAGUUCAUCGUGGGACAAGAGCCAGAGCAGCAGAUUUUCAAGGGCCAUAAGUUGUUUCUGGUAAUGUCCAGUCCAAUCUUCGAAACCAUGGUUGGUAGCAUGACAGAGAAAAACGAUCCAAUACUAAUAAAGGAUGUUCAGCCUAAAGCGUUCAAAGUCUUAUUAGAGUAUAUAUACACAGAAAAAGCAGAAUUGACUUCUUUCGAGUUGGUAUGCGAGUUAUAUUACUGCGCUAAUAGAUACAUGUUGCCAGCUUUGGUGAAGAAAUGCACAGAAUAUUUGUGUAGCAAUCUCUCACCGAAAGGAGCGUGCAGAGCAUAUGAACUUGCCAAGCUCUUUGAGAAAUAUGAGCUAAUGAAAAAAUGUUUAGACAUCAUAUGUACAAGGACUGCCGAAGUAUUGAAUGAAUCUAGUUGGGAGAACAUAGAACUGGCAACACUCCUCACAGUUUUGGAUCAGGAGAAUUUGAAGAUCAGUUCAGAGAUAGAAUUAUUCACCGCUGUAGAAAAAUGGGCCAAGUCAGAAUGUUGUAGAAAAUGUCUUGAUCCAGCAAACAGAGAAGACUUAAGAUUUGUUAUUGGAGAUGCAUUCUCAAAGUUAAGAUUUUUGAGCUUGACUCCACAGGAAUUUGCCACAGGUCCUGCUUUGUCUCCCAUGUUUUCACAAGAUGAGGCUUUUUCUAUAUUACUGAAUAUAUGUACUGAUGACAAAACGAUUGUACCUGUACCGGAAGGGUUUUGUACUAUUUCAAACAGUAGAGCAAACACAAUAAGAAUAAAGUUCUCACCACCUUCUUUCCAACAACAUGUAAGUUAUUAGGUUACUU